UUGCAGAAGGUUGCUCCAGCGCCCGCGAGGCCCGCCCGGCAGACCGGAGCCGCGACGGUGUGAUCUUGUUGGCAGCUUCGCGGAGCCCAGAUGAGACAUGGAGGAGCCCGUCCCCGCUGGUGGUGGCGGAGGAAGGGGCCCUGAAGCCACGCCAGGGGAGAUCGCUGGGCAGUCCCGGGAGAGAAGCAGGCAGAAGGUCCCGGGGAAGGAUGCGCCCGGCUCUGAUGCGCAGUGCCGGCUCUUCCGCCAGUUCCAGUUUCGUGCGGUCGAGGGCCCCCGGGAGAUCUGCAGCCAACUUUACCAUCUUUGCUGUCAGUGGCUGAAGCCAGAGCAGCACACCAAGAGCCAGAUGCUGGACUUGGUAAUCCUGAAGCAGCUCCUGACUGUCCUGCCCCCGGUCGUUGAGAGCUGGAUCCGGGAAUGUGGAGCAGAGAGCAGUUCUCAGGCUGUAGCUCUGGCAGAAGGUCUUCUCUUGAGCCAGGCAGAGGAUCAGGAGGAGAAAGGCCAGCAGGGACGGGAUGUUUUUAGAGGACUUGCCGCUGAUUUCCCUGAGAUACUGAAAGCUCCAUCAGAAACAAGUCCAAGAGAUGUACAGAUGUGGAUAACCCAGGAAAGUGACAUAGCUCCUGCUCCGCAGAAUGAUGGGAGAAAGCCGGCAUCGGGCACUCAAGCUUUGCUUUAUGAUGGAAAGAAAACUGUUUCAGUACAUUCAGAUUGGAGUCGGAUGUGCUUUAAGGAUGUGGCUGUGCAUUUUUCGGAGGAGGAGUGGGCUAUCCUGGUUCCUGAACAGAAAAUUCUGCACAGGCAAGUCAUGGAGGAGAAUCUGGAGAUUGUGGCCUCCCUUGAGAGAGAACUCUUGAAAUCCAAGGAACAUGGUAGGAAUUUUGUUGAGAAGAUGACCUUCGAUUCUCAUCAUGAAACUCACCUUGGAAAGAAACCUCAUGAAUGCUUGGAGAGUGGAAAGAGUUUUCCGGUGAGGUCAAAGCUUAUGUAUCAUGAGAGAAGUCACACAAGGGAAAAACCAUACAAAUGUUUGGAGUGUGGGAAGAGCUUCCGUUACAACUCAACCCUCAGUAAACAUCAAAGGGUUCACACAGGGCAGAAAUCUUAUCGAUGUCUGCAGUGUGGCAAGAGCUUUAUCGAAAGGACAAACCUGACAUGUCAUAGGAUUCACACUGGGGAGAAACCACAUAAAUGCCUGGAGUGCGGAAAGCGCUUCACUUGUAAGUCACACCUCAUUGCUCACCGAAGAGUCCACGCUAGGGAAAAACCCUAUCAAUGUUUGGAGUGUGGGAAAAGCUUUAAUAAUAAAACAAAUCUUGCUGCUCAUCAAAGAAUUCACACAGGAGAGAAACCGCACUGCUGCUUUGUGUGCCGGAAGAGCUUUUCAAAGAAGCCAUGUCUCACUUCCCACACAGCAACUCACCUGCCAGAGAAACUGUACUCCUGUUCAGAGUGUGGAAAGAAACUAAGUGGCAUUGAGGCCCUCAAUACACAUCAAAAGAUUCAUACAGGGGAGAAACCAUACAAAUGUGUAGAGUGCGGGAAACGUUUCCUUGUGAGAUCAAAACUUAUAUACCAUCAGAAGACUCACACCAGGGAGAAACUGCAUAAAUGCUUGCAGUGCGGAAAGGCCUUCUGUCAUAAGGGACAUCUCGUUGCCCACCAAAGGAUCCACAUGGGAGAAAGACCCUAUCGAUGCUUGGAGUGCGGGAAAAGCUUUAAUAACGAAGCGAAUCUCACUUCUCAUCAAAGAAUUCAUACGGGAGAGAAGCCAUAUCAGUGCUCCCUGUGUGGGAAAAGCUUUUCUCAGAAGGCACGCCUGGCGUCUCAUUCUGUGACUCACCUGGCAGAGAAACCAUACGCCUGCUUGGUGUGUGGAAAGAAACUGAGUUCCAUCGAAACCUUCAGCCGCCACCAAAAGAUUCACACAGGGGACAAACCAUACCAGUGCUUGGGAUGUCGCAAAAACUUCUUUCUGAGGUCCGAGCUUACAUAUCAUCAAGUGACUCACACGGGGGAGAAGCCGCAUAAAUGCCUGGAGUGCGGAAAGGGUUUCGGUCGGAAAGGGCAUCUCAUUGCUCACCAAAGGAUCCACACGGGGGAGAAGCCCUACCCGUGCUUGGUGUGUGGGAAGAGCUUCAGCUACAAAACGAACCUCAUUGCUCACGAAAGGAUCCACACGGGGGAGAAGCCCUACCCGUGCUUGGUGUGCAGGAAGAGCUUCUCUCAGAAGGCACGCCUGACCUCUCACGCAGCAACGCACCUGCCAGAGAAACCGUACGCCUGCUCACAGUGCGGAAAGAAACUGAGUUGUAUCGGAGCCCUCAAUACACAUCAGAAGAUUCACACGGGGGUGAAACCACACAAAUGCUCAGAGUGUGGGAAAACGUUUCUUCUGAGAUCAAAGCUAGCCUACCAUCAGAGGACUCACACAGGGGAGAAACCGUACAAAUGCGUAGAGUGCGGAAGGAGUUUCAGUUGCAAGGCUACUCUGACGUCCCACCAGAGAAUUCACACCGGAGAAAAACCAUAUAAGUGUUUGGAAUGUGGGAAACGUUUCUCUAGGAAGCUCGCGUCUCAUCAAAGGACUCACACCGGGAACAAGUCGUGCAAGGGAAACACUUGAGGCGUGGAACGUCCUCCGUUCCAUACACCUUGUAUGUCAAACUCAUUGAUGGGAGAAACCGUGUAUGUGUUAUAGUCAGAAAUUAUGCCUCAUUUCUCAUUAAAGAAUUCCAAAAUGUAAAUUAAAA